ACAAAAAAAAAAAAACAGAAAAUAGAAAAAGACAUGGGUCGAGUGAGCGAGGAUGAUAUAUUAAGCAGGCUAAACAAGUACUUCGGUUACAAAGCCCUGCGCCCGGGCCAAUUGGCCAUCAUGCAAAAGGUCUUCGAGAGGAGGGACGUGCUCGUUUGCAAGGAAUCCGGCUUCGGGAGGACCUUGUGCUAUCAGCUGCCGGGACUCAUGAGGGACGGCGUCGUCCUGGUCGUCUCGUCCAUACGAUCGCGCGUCGAGGAGAAGUGCACCGAUCUGGCCGAUUUCAACGUAAAGUGCGCCUACCUGAGCAGUAGCGCAAAGUCAAAGUCGUACAAUGACGAGCAGGACCUGCGAAGUUUGCUGAUGAAAAAGAACAAAAUCCUCGACGAUUUGCGCAACUUCGCGGCCACCGGGUUUAAAUUCUUGUACGUGACGCACGAGUACUACGCCAACUCGAGCCGGCUCCAACAGAUCGUCAAGGACAUUUACAAGAAAAACCUCCUUCAGGCCGUCGUUCUCGACGACGUGCACUGCACCGCGAAUUUUCGCACCGUAUUUCGCAAGGACUACUCGAUCUUGGGAAAACUACGGGACUCGUGUCCCAACGCCGCGUUCUUGUGCUUCGUCAAGCCCAUCAGCGCCAACGGCAUCGCCAUCAUUCGCGACACCCUCAACCUCAAGCAGCCCUUUGUCCUGAACGAGCCAUUGGUCAAGGAAAACAUGUCGUACAAGGUGAUGUACACCCCGGAAAAGUACUACUCGAGUCAAUUGGUCGAUUUCAUAAAGGACACCUUCCCCGAGAAGACGGGCAUAGUCUACUGCCGCAACCGGGACGACUGUCUCCUGGUCUGCGAGAGGCUCAAGGAAGCCAACGUCAGGAACCUCUACUACCACGCCCACCUGUCCGACGACGACAAGAACUGGCUUCACCAGUGGAUCGGCUCCGAACAGAUAGUCGUUACUUGCGUGACGGGGUCCGAGGUGGACAUGCACCUGCCGAGCGCGAGUUACGUCGUCCACGCGACGCUACCCGCCAGCCUGGACGUGUACAUGCAAGAGACGAGCAAAGUCGCGAGGAGCGCGGACAGCGUGUGCGUCCUGUUUUACAACACCGCUGACGCCAAGGCCAAUCUCCAGCAGCUGGCUGAGACGUACCGCGAGAAGAGCAAGCGCGCGAGCCGCGAAUCCAAAAGGACCUACCGCUCCGAGUUCCAGGAGCAAGCCAAACUAGUCACGGAGGCGGCCACCUACGCGGAGAACAGCUGCGCCUGUCGGCAGAUAUUUCUGCUCAGCCGGGGCUUGAGCGAGGACAACGUGGCGUCGACGCCGUGCGGGGUGUGCGACGUUUGCGAAGUCAUGAAGGGCUCCCUGGUCGUCGACGUCGGCCACUGCCUCAGGAAGAUACUCAUGGCCGUGUGGGCGAUCAACGUGCGCCAGAGCGGCUUCGAGAAGGACGGCGAUGCUUUUUACGACGUGGACACCGACGAUCUGGUCGAUCUGCUUACGGGGAGCGCGAGGAAGCGCCUCGCGGCGUCCUUUCUGCCGAGCGAGUGGUUCUUCGCGUCGUUCAGCUCGUGGGACCGGGAGCUGUUGCAGAGGCUCGUUUUUUUGCUGCUGGGCAAUAAGCUCGUGGCCCUGAAUCACGCGUUUAGCGACAAGUUUGAGAGCAAGGCUCGGAACUUGGUCAUUACGCCCAAGGGCCAGGAGUUUGUCAAGUCGACCACCGAGUACAAUAUUCCAUUCUCACGAAAAGACGUUGCCCUGACCAAGUGGCUGAGCGUGGAAAAAAUCACGAGUCAGUACAAACGCGACCUAGAGAACGUCGUGUUGUAUUACUCGCUGCACCAAGGAAAGCACUUUUUCGAUAACGUCUCUUUCGUUUGCGAUCUCCUCGAGGAUUGUCCAGGCUCGUGGGAGGAUUACAAAACUAUGAAAUCUAAAUACACGACGAGCGACAAAUGCCCCUUUGACGAAGACUUGUUUACCGUCUGCUUAAUGUAUUAUCAAGUCAUGAAAAAAAUCAUCAAAGUGAGCCAUGGAUCAAACGAAAUCUCGAGAAGCCAACUCGAAGAGUCUCAUUACAGGCUGUUUAGACGGUUUUAGCGACGUGGAUUCCUACGAAAAUUUGAUGGAGAAACGAUUCCGAAACAUGAAAAAGCCAACUUCCUUGGUCUCUGCUGUGGGUAUCAACGUGCUGCGUUCCGUCGUCGCGUUACACUCGACCCUUGGCCAAUGCGUCAUUGCAACGAGUACUCCGCUGGAAAAAAAAUGCCAAUCCUACGAUUUAAAGGGCUCGAUGUGCGUGUCACCCUCGCCGCCUAUGAACAGCUACCUGAACAACGCCCAGAUCACGGGGUUCAUUGAUUCAAAACUGUUGACCCCAGAUACGACUGCCGAUGACAGAGAACUAGCUAACCAGUCCGGUGUUAAGAGACCUUGUGACGAAACGCAGGACGCAACAGCAUCGGACAGCGGAUUGCACAAAAAAUUAAAGUACCAAUCGUUGCUCGACACGUAUCACUUGAGAAACAAUACUCAGAAUGUCGACAGAUAAAAAGAUUCAUCCGAGAUGACGCGUUUAAAGCGGCAAAUGUUUAUUUCUUUUCUUUUCUUUUUUUUACGUUGUUGAUAGUAAUGUCGAUUUUUAUAGCAAGUUUAAAAAACGAAAGCGCAGUUGAUUUAGGGAUAUUUCUUUUGUAACGCAUAAAAAUCCUUUUGAAAAAUGCUUUCAUUACAUUUUUUUUCAAUUUUGUAAUUUUACGGCUUCAGUGAUAAAAUAUAAUUGAAAUAAUGAUGCAAA